CAUCCGGUGGUGGCAUGGUCAUAUUCCGGCGAAGCUGACCACCAUACCUUUCAAGUGGGGGGAGCAUAGGACAGUAUAAGUGCAAAGGAUAUUUUAGAAUGUGCUGUAGAGCAUCGGUACGAGCGCAUCAAUCAGUUCCCUCCUUACUUUUCCUUCCCCAUAAAUAAUGUCAUGAUGUGCUUCCAUUGAAACACCCUUACAAGGAAGGCUUCACACAUCAGAUAGAACCACUUCCUUUUCUCUCUCUCAAAAAUCAAGGCAUAGAGUGAGAGUGUGUGUGUGUGAGAGAGAGAGAGAGAGAGAGAAGAUGGUGAAGUUCUCUAAGCAGUUUGAAGGCCAGGUUGUGCCUGAAUGGAAAUACGCUUAUGUUGAUUAUUGGCAACUCAAGAAAGACAUCAAAAAAAUCCAUCUCCCUAACAUUGACAACACACCCACCAAGGAACAGAACAACUAUUUACCCAACACCCUCUUUUCCUCCCUUAUGAACUUCUCUUUAUUUGGCCACCAACAUAGAAACCAUGAAGCAAUUCAUGUUCAUAAGAAACUCUCUUCAUCGGCAAGUAAGGGGGAUAUGUAUGAGACUGAACUGCUUGAUCAGUUUGCGGAUACUGAUGCUACCAAAGAAUUUUUUGCAUGCUUGGACCUGCAACUUAACAAAGUGAAUCAGUUCUACAAAGCAAGGGAGAAAGAGUUCCUGGAUAGAGGGGAGUCCUCCAAGAAACAAAUAGAGAUCCUGCUUGAGCUCAAAACAGCAUUUCAACAACAGGGCAAAGGAGCUAUUGCCUCGGAGGAUUCCUCUAUUUCAUGCACCAUAUCAAGUGAUGAGGAAUCUGUCAAGGACAGAACUGAAGAAGAACAGCUGCAAGACAACAGAGCAGAUGACACAGAGAAAAAUGAUGUCCCAUUUAUGGACUCUCCUAGAUCAGAUGACAUGGGAAAAUCGAUGCGGAUGAAAAAAGAAGAUGAGAAAAUGAGGACACUCUCAGGACCUGUUAUCAAUUGCCAAGGAAAGAACUUGAGGAUAAACAUUCCUCUGACAACACCCUCUCUCACCUUCUCUGCAAUUAGUUAUUUAGUCUGGGAAGAUUUGGUGAAUCCGUCUUCAAGAAAAUGCGGUCCAGAAGGCCGUAAGCUUCAUGUUAACCGAACAACGUUGCAUCAUGCAGAGAAGAUGAUCAGAGGAGCUUUUGUUGAGAUCUACAAAGGGUUAGGCUACCUCAAAUCUUACAGGAACUUGAACAUUCUAGCUUUUAUAAAGAUUUUGAAGAAGUUCGACAAAGUCACUGGAAAACAAGUUCUUCCCAUUUAUCUCAAAGUAGUAGAGAGCUCCUAUUUCAACAGUUCAGACAAGGUGAUGAAAUUAGAGGAUGAAGUUGAAGAACUAUUUAUUAAACACUUUGCCGAAGAAGACCGCAGAAAGGCCAUGAAAUACCUUAAGCCACAACAGCAUAAAGACUCGCACUCUGUUACCUUCUUCAUUGGGCUAUUCACUGGAUGUUUCUUGGCGCUUUUUGCCGGAUAUGUUAUUAUGGCUCGCAUGAUGCAUGUGUACAGACCGGCAUCACAUUCAGUUUACAUGGAGACAGUCUAUCCUGUAUUCAGUAUGUUCAGCCUGCUGUUUUUACACUUCUUUCUGUAUGGCUUGAAUGUUUUUGCAUGGAGAAAGGCUCGUAUAAACUACAGCUUCAUCUUCGAGCUAAAUCCAACCAAGGAGCUUAAGUACAGAGAUGUUUUCUUGAUCUGUACCACCUCACUGACUGCUGUGAUGGGGGUCAUGUUUGUUCAUAUGUCACUAAUAGCUAAAGGGCAUUCUUAUGAGCAAGUCAAAGCUAUCCCUGGUCUUCUGUUAUUGGUCUUCUUGGCUUUACUUGUGUGCCCCUUCAAUAUUUUCUAUCGAUCAAGCCGUUAUCGUUUCCUUAGUGUGAUAAGGAACAUCAUUUUAUCACCUCUCUACAAGGUUGUCAUGCUGGACUUUUUCAUGGCUGAUCAACUAUGUAGUCAGGUGCCAAUGCUCAGAAAUCUAGAAUAUGUGGCGUGUUACUAUAUAACUGGGAGCUAUAAAACCGAGGACUAUAUGCAUUGCAAGGAGGCCAGGCAUUACCGGGAUCUUGUUUAUGCAGUUUCUUUUCUACCAUAUUACUGGAGGGCAAUGCAGUGUGCCCGGCGGUGGUUCGAUGAGGGCCAGACAAGCCACCUUGUCAAUCUAGGCAAAUAUGUAUCAGCCAUGUUCGCAGCAGGAGCAAAAGUGGCCUACGAGAAAGAUGGUGGUGCUGGAUGGCUCUGUCUUCUUGUGGUCAUGUCCAGUGCUGCAACAGUGUACCAAUUGUAUUGGGACUUUGUAAAGGACUGGGGUUUGCUCCAAAUGAAUUCCAAGAACCCCUGGCUUAGGAAUGAAUUAAUGCUUCGGCAAAAGUUCAUUUACUACUUGUCUAUGGGAUUAAACCUUAUUCUCAGGCUUGCUUGGUUGCAAACUGUUCUUCACUCAAAAUUUGAACAUGUUGAUGAUGGAGUCACUUACCUAUUUUUAGCAGCCCUUGAAGUCACUAGGAGAGGGCUGUGGAAUUUUUUCAGGUUGGAGAAUGAGCAUCUAAAUAAUGCAGGCAAGUUUAGAGCAGUUAAGACAAUACCACUUCCUUUUCAUGAAGUGGAUGAGGAAGAUUAAUACCCAUUGGCAACAAUUGCUCAUGGAAUUUGAUUCGGGGGGUCAUAAAUGUUCUUUGGACAAAUACAUCUGAGAAGAACCUCGUUGUCCUCAGUCAAGUCGAUGCAAAAGGACAUCCACUUUAUCCAUUGGUCAUUGGAUUAUGGGAACAAGGUUCAUACUUGAAUACAAAAUUUUUAUUCGACAAUGAAGAGAAAAGUCGUGCAAAAGCACAGUUGUCUUCACAUCUAGUUGACACAAUGUUACAAAUGUCUAUCUUUCUCCUCUGCUCACACAAUACCAAGCUUGAAACAACACAAAUUUGGCAUCCUUCCAAUACACUUGUGGAAAUAAAUCCAUGAAAAACAUGUAAAUUGUUUAUUGAUGGUUAGGAAGUAUUCUGAUCAAAGAUUUGUAGUGCAAAGGAAAAAGUCCAGAUAUUUCCCAAA